AUGAACAGUUCAUUGUCUGAUCGUGCUGGUUGUUCAGGUUCCUCUUGUAGUUCUUCUAGGGUUGCAGAUUUUGCUUUUGCAUAUGACUUUUGGACUCAAAAGCCACCUGAUAGCAUUAUAAGGCGGCGAACUAGUUUUCUAAAAUGGAUGGGAUUGGAUUUAGAGUGGUACAAAGGUGAUAGAGAAGAAGUAAACGAUGGAGUUGGUAUCGGUAGGUUGGAUUAUAACAGUGAUUCGGUCUUGGCAAACUCUGAUUACGAGGAGGGCUACUUUUCGGCUCAAUCAUUUCGAUCUGAUAAUGACCAAACAGAUGAAACUAAGGGAUCAUCUGUUGAGUAUGGUGCGGCUGGGGAGGAGGAGGAAACUCAAUUAUGGAAAAUUAGGAAUUUGGAUGAUGGAACUGAGUAUGUGGCUGAUGAACUUAAUAAUGACGGAAUGCUCAGCUAUUUACGUGAAGUUGGAACAAAUAAAACCCUGUCAUUUGAAGAGUUUCAAAGAUAUCUUGGCACAUCAGCCAGUGUUCAAAAGUUCUUUCGCAGAGACUCCAAUUUUAAAGUUGUGAAGAAAAAAGUGAAAAAAGGCUGGUUUCAGAAACUAAGUGAUAUAACAACUUGCCAUUUGAAGUCAUCUAAAGUUGAUUCUUUCAAGAAUGGGGACGGUCCUCGAAUAGUGAGGUCGCAUUCGCAUGGAAAGAGAUUAAAAGAGUUGUCUUUGCUGCAGGCUGGGCAAGAGUUUUCAGCACAUAAAGGCUCAAUCUUAAGUAUGAAAUUCAGUCAUGAUGGACAAUACAUGGCGAGUGCCGGGCAAGAUGGGGUCGUGCGUGUGUGGAAGGUGAUUGAGGAUGACUAUCCUAAUAGAAUUGAUAAUAUUGAAGAUACAGAGUCCUCUUGUAUAUAUCUUUCUAUAGAUCAGUUCUCCAAGUUAGCUCCAUUGGAUUCAGAGAAGAUGAUUGCGCAGGUUAGAGAUUUAAAAAAAUCGUCAGAGUCUACCUGUGCUGUUCUCCCACCUAAGGUUUUCCGUCUUCUGGAAAGACCAAUUCACGAGUUUCAUGGCCACAGUGGAGAUGUAUUGGCACUUUCAUGGUCUAAAAAUGGGUAUCUUCUAUCAUCAUCAGUUGAUAAAACAGCUCGCCUGUGGCAAGUGGGCAAUGAUAAAUGCCUUGGAGUUUAUGCACAUAACAACUACGUGACCUGUCUAGAUUUUAAUCCUGCUGAUGAUGAUUAUUUUAUAAGUGGUUCAAUAGACGGGAAAUUACGGAUAUGGAAAGUGCAUGAUUUUCGGGUUGUUGAUUGGACUGAUAUGAGAGAAAUUGUAACAGCUGUCUGUUAUUCCCCUGAUGGAAAGGGAGGCAUUGUUGGCUCCAUGGAUGGCAAUUGUCGUUUCUAUGAUGUAGUAGAUAACCGUAUGCAACUAGGUGCUCAGAUAUGUCUACAAGGGAAGAAGAAAUCGGGUGGAAAGAGAAUUACUGGAUUUCAGUUCUGCCCUGAUGAUGUAAACAAAGUAAUGGUCAGUUCUGCUGAUUCACAAGUUCGCAUACUCUCUGGGGCCAAUAUCAUCUGCAAAUUUAAGGGCAUGAAAUGUUCAGGAAGCCAAGUAUCUGCAUCUUUCACUUCAGAUGGAAAACACGUCAUGUCCAUCACCGAAGAUUCCAAUGUGUAUAUUUGGGACUACGCCAACCAAAACCUUACUUCUAAAAGUGUAAAGAGUAUUUCUGCGCAUGAGUGUUUCUUCUCUCCUAAUGCUUCAGUCACUAUAUCUUGGGGUGGCUUGAAAAAUAAGGCGGCUGGAGGAGGACCAAUCCUAGAACACGGGCCUUUUGAUCAGCAGGAAGACUCAGUCCCAAAAUCACACUCAGCCCUGCCUGAUUGUCUAUCAUUGGGACGUGGAUUGUUUCUGGACGUCUUAUCCAAGGCAUCCGCAACAUGGCCAGAGGAAAAAUUACUUGAUACUAGUCAACUGGCAGCAGCUGUUUCCCCACUAACAUCAAGACCUGAAUUUAAGUUUUUGAAGAGCGCUUUAUCCUCAUCCCACUUGUGGGGUCUUGUGGUUGUAACCGCAGGUUGGGAUGGUUGCAUAAAAACAUUCCUUAACCAUGGUUUGCCAAUCAGAUUCUGA